AACAGAGCAUAAAAACACAAGCAAAAACAGCCAUCCCCUCGAUCUUCUUCUUCUUCUUCUUCUUCUUUUUUAAUGGCAUCUGAUCUCUUCAUCUUCAAUGCCUCUUUCUUUCGCCAAUCUCAGGAAGCUUACUCUGCAGAUCCCGACCUCCAAUUCCUCCAGGACCCUCUAUUUCAUUUCCCUGACCCUCUUGACAAUCUCCAAUCUAUCUUUAGUGACCCAAUUCAAUCACAGCCGUCUGAUCGAUCCCCCAUUCCUCCUCUCAUCUCCACCUCUCUGCCCAGCCACAAAUUCCAAACCUUAUCAUUGGACCACCCCACCACAACAGCACAAGGGAUUACUAAUUCGGGGGUGAAAUUAGAAGAGUUUUGCUUAGAUUUUGAGCCAGAUUAUCAGAGUCUUCUUCCCAAUAGCCUUGGAUUGAUACAGAAGAGUUUCUACAGUCAGCCGCUUGAUCAAAAGCCAGCUCUUCUCUUCCAACCCCACUUCUCUUCUCUCUCAGAGACCCAUAAAUUCCAGACCCAAAUCUCAAAUUCGAUCGAAAAUCCCAAAUUCAAAGGGUCCAUGAGAAGGGCUUGCAGCACAGGGGAUUUGCAGAGAGCGAACUCAAUGAAAUCGAAUUAUGCCUUUCCAAGCUCGUCAGCUUCAGAGACUUCGUACUUGGAAGAAGUAGGAAGUUUCAGGGUCGGGCGUUACAGUGCUGAAGAGAGGAAGCAGAGGAUUCACAGGUACAGGAGCAAAAGAAAUCAGAGAAAUUUCAAGAAGACGAUCAAGUAUGUAUGCAGGAAGACGUUAGCGGACAGCAGACCGCGAGUACGUGGUAGAUUCAUGAGAAACGACCAAACUCUCGAGACUUACAAGGCUCCUGCUUCUCAUCGAAAGGAAAUCGAAGAAGAGAGAUGGGUGGAUGGACCGCAUGAUGAGGAGGAGCUGAUGGCAAUGAUAGAUUUUGUAAACAGCAACGGUCCACAAUUCCAGUACUGGGAUUCCUGAGUGAUGCAUGUAUUUUUACAAACCAAAGGAAAAUCGAUUCCAUGGAGGAACAGAUAUCACCACAGUAGAAUAAAGAAGACACCUAAGUUAUAAGUGUGCCAUCUUCACAAGUGUAAAUAUACCACAUGUGUGCGAGAAUGGAGCUGGUCAUCAGGUGAGCCGCAUGUGUACAAAGAACUUCGGCUGUUGGUGAGUCGCUCUUUCCAUUCAUUUGUUUUGUGCUCGUUCGGUAUUUGAUGCUCGGAUGGAAAGGCUUGAUUUUUGAGACAUGGCAUCUAAACAGUGGAGAUUACCUGAUCAACGGCUCAGAUUUCACACACGUGUGUAUGUUGCCAGGUGUGAGGCAGGUAUACUAAGGUCUCAUUAGCAAGCUGUAAAUACUCGCGGACAUAUUAUUAAUCCUCUAUCUCUCAAAUAUCUGAUUCUUGGCCCAUGAAACCCUACAAGUGGGCCCCACUGUUUGCCAUUUCGUUCGAAUGAUCUGAUGCUGCCCAAUUCGGACGGACUGUGCUGAAAAGAUUAUGUCCGUAAGACUAUUACGAAUGUUUGAUGGGUGGCCCACAAAGAGAAAAGAAAAAACUCCACGAUUGGCAUUCAACAGGGAGAAAGGAAAAGAUUGUACGAGUAUUCUGUGUGGACCACCAGAUCAGCAUCAUUGAAGCGUGGGCCGUAUCUAGGAACUGAAGUCCUUUCAAGAGACCGAACACACGUGCAACAAAAAAGCUGACAUCACUUUGUUUUAUGGGGAGGUCGAUACAUCGAAUGAUGAAAAAUGGGAGGGAUCUUCGAUUUGUCUUUUCUUCCGACUGAAUAGUUACAUGACACGUGUCCAAAAUCUUUGUAUAGCAUGCACGUGUUUUCAAUAAGUGGGCUCCAUUUGUUUU